AGCCGACGGAGCGUGAUGUACGCGCAGUGUGCAUGAGUGUCUCGUGCUCGGAAUUGAAGUGUUGCGAUUCGUGAUAUAACACUUGACGGGGUCGACGAGGAUGUGACCGCUCUCAGGUUCCCAUCUAGCCAUACUCUUUUAGUGGCGCCAUCUCGAGUUAAUAGCGCACAUCGUCUCUCAAUUGAGCUCAGUGACUCAGUCGCCUCAGUCGCUUGAUCAGACGAACAGACAUUUAGUCACUUUAGUCCAUUUAGUCUAGCUCAGUUGUUGCAUCGAGUCGGAUGUCGGAUGGUGUACGAUGGCUGAUGAUUUGAUGUCACUACGUUUACUGCCAAUUACGUGUUGCGCUCAGAUCCACGCAUGUGAACAGCUGGAUGUUCAACGUCAAUUGAAGGGUGGUGCGACGAUAACGACGACGACGACGACGACGACGACGACUCCGCAAGAUAGAUAGGACGCUCGCUCUGUUGACAUUUCCACGUGUGCGCGCUCAUCAUUUGCUUUCCAAUCAUUGUGCGUGUUAGAGAAAAAAUGGAGCGCAAGAGAAUUCAGCAAGAUGAAGACAAUUCCUCAAUAGGAAACAGAUUGCCGAACCGCAUUUGGAGCCACGGAGCCGAUGAAGACAGUUCUUCGGUGGGGAACAAAUUGCCGAACCGCACCUGGAGCCACGGAGCCAAUGACAGCGAGGAGGAGGAAGUAGCUAGCGAGAAUACAUUGCUGAACGAAGUCAGCGAACAGAGACAACACCAUUCUACUCCAAUGGAAUGUAAGGCUUGUCCAAUAGCAACGUUUGCAGAAGAAAAAAUGCGGCGCAAACUGCGAUUUUUCUUCAUGAAUCCGAUCGAAAAGUGGCAGGCAAAACGCCGUUUUCCUUACAAGUUUGUCGUCCAAGUCAUCAAGAUUAUCCUUGUGACCGUGCAGCUCUGUUUAUUUGCACACAACAAUUACAUGCACGUAAAUUAUACGUGGGACAACCGAAUCACGUUUUCCCAUCUCUUUUUAAUGGGAUGGGAAUCUGCUCAAGAGGUACCUGCGUAUCCACCUGCGACAGGACCAUUAGCUAUAUACAAGCGAAGCGAUUUUUAUGACGCUAUUGAUUACGCUUUGCACGGUUAUUACAACGUCGAUGAUGCUAUCGGUUCGUACUCCUACAUCGCUGAGGAUAAUUCAGUCGGACCUGUAAUCUUAUGUCUUUACCAUUAUAAGGAGGGCAUUAUAUUUGGUUUCAAUGAGAGUUACGUGUUUGACAGUGAGAUUGUGGAAACGUGCAUGAACAUCAGUCUUGAAACCUUUAAUACAUUUAAUUCAUCGCACAGUCUUCUGCAGGACAGAAACAUUAACGUUAAUUUCUCCGCACUAGUACGCGCACAUCUCAAAUUCGCUCUGAAAACGGUGAAUCUGAAAGCGGCCGGACCAAUGACACCUCCUGAUUGUUAUCGUUUCAACGUCAAAAUCAUCUUUGAUAACCGCGACUUCGACGGACAGAUGCUGCUCUCAUUAGACGCCGAAGCAAGAAAGUUGCAGUGCAAAGGUGAUACCCGUUACAUCACGGACAAUCGCAUCGAAUCGGCGCUGAGGACUUUGCUGAAUUUGUUCGUCAUACUGAUCUGCACGAUUUCCUUGCUGUUAUGCUCGCGAGCGAUAUACAGAGCACAGUUGCUCAAGUUCGAGACUAUUAACUUCUUCAAGAAAACAUACGGCACAACGCUAAGCUUCGAAGGUCGACUGGAAUUCUUGAAUUUGUGGUACAUCAUGAUCAUCAUCAACGAUCUGCUUAUUAUCAUUGGUACCGUCAUGAAGGAGCAAAUCGAACGGAAACACUCAGAGAGUGAUCAUUGGAAUAUUUGCAGCAUAUUUCUCGGAACCGGGAAUCUGCUCGUAUGGUUCGGCGUGUUGCGCUACCUUGGCUUCUUCAAAACGUACAACGUUGUUAUUCUAACUCUAAAGAAGGCGACACCAAAGGUAGCGAGAUUCUUAAUAUGCGCGGUGCUUAUUUACGCCGGUUUUACAUUCUGCGGUUGGCUGGUGCUCGGUCCAUACAAUAUGAAGUUUCGUUCCCUCGCGACCACUUCUGAGUGUCUAUUUGCGUUAAUCAACGGCGAUGACAUGUUCGCCACAUUUUCCAUCACGUCUUCCAAAUCGGCUGUGUUAUGGUGGUACUCUAGAAUAUAUUUAUAUUCAUUUAUUUCGUUGUACAUUUAUGUUGUCUUAAGCUUGUUCAUUUCUGUGAUAAUGGACGCGUAUGACACAAUUAAAGUCUAUUAUCGUGAAGGUUUCCCAAAAAACGACUUACAGACGUUUAUAGCUCCAUGCACGGACGAAGCGUCAAGCGGCAUUUUUAGGGACGAUUCUGAAAGAAGUAAUCUGUCGGAGUUGCUCGAUCGGUUCUGCUGUUGUCGAAAAAGGCCCUUUUACGGGUCUUUCUCGGAAUCAACGGAUGCCUCAACUAAAUCCGAUCAAGCGUGCGGCGGAGCCAUCUGCGUCUAGUGCAUUAACGAAGAACACCUGGAGGUGUUAUGGUGCGACUAAGGAUACGCGGCACAACAUUAAGAUGCAUCAACAUCCUUAAUUUAAUUAUCUUAGUUCGCAAUUUUUUUGCCUAGAUAUUUGAAUUUAAAUUAAUUAAACACAAUGUGAUUUCUCAUAUUCGGCUUUUUUAUAUAAGUGCAGAAAUUAUCUUUUGCGAGAAAAA